CCCGCCCGCCUCUCUCGGAAGACUUGGAGGCCAAGGCCGCGAGAGGCCCAGGCUUGGCUGGACGGGGUGGGGCCCGGCCGAGCUGCGGGCCGCCUCGGAGCCCGAGCGGCGGCUUUGCGCUGGGCUGCGCGCCGCGUGCGCCGAGAGCGCUGUGUUCGCGGUGAGGUCGUGGAGGGCUAGCGGUUAAUGAUUUAACCACACGCUUUGGGCGGGUGAUAGGAUCGGGGUCUCUGGCUCCGCCCCUCGGAGCGCCCCCAGCUGGAGUUACAAAAGCGCCCCCUGGCCCGGUGCCUCCCUGGAACAGCCCUGCUCGCUAGGGAUCCCGGUCAUCCGCGGGGAGAAUGGAGGGGAAAUACAAAGCUUUCUCUUUUCUUGUUGCCUGGGAACUUCUCGCCCUCCAUCGCCCCAUCACUUGCGAGCUGCCCGGCGCCCACCUCCUAGCAGGGCCCACAGAUCCGUUCUUUGCCAGGCCUGUGAUCUCCCUGGUGCUGGCCUUGCCACCCACUGGACUUGGCCUUCAGAUCUGAUCCCAGACCUGCCUGCUGUGGCCUCGGGAGGGUCCGCCUCCCCUCCCAGCCAGCAAGAUGCCGAUCCUCAAGCAGCUGGUGUCCAGCUCGGUGCAUUCCAAGCGCCGUUCCCGCGUGGACCUCACAACUGAGAUGAUCAGUGCUCCGCUGGGUGACUUCCGCCAUACCAUGCACGUGGGCCGGGCGGGGGACGCCUUCGGGGACACCUCCUUCCUCAACAGCAAGGCAGGUGAGCCUGAUGGCGAGUCCCUGGAUGAACAGGCCUCCUCCUCCUCAUCUUCCAAACGUAGCCUUCUGUCCCGGAAGUUCCGGGGUAGCAAGCGGUCACAGUCAGUGACCCGGGGGGACCGGGAGCAGAGGGACAUGCUGGGCUCCCUUCGGGACUCGGCCCUCUUCGUGAAGAAUGCCAUGUCCCUGCCGCAGCUCAAUGAGAAAGAGGCCGCAGAGAAGAGCUCCAGCAAACUGCCCAAGAGCCUGUCGUCCAGCCCCGUGAAGAAGGUGGAGGCUGGGGAAGGCAGCGCAGAGGAGGCGGCUGCCGGGGAGCUGGAGCCCCGUCGGAAUGGCGCCACGGGCCCCCACUCCCCAGACCCCCUUCUCGAUGAGCAGGCCUUUGGGGACCUGACCGAUCUGCCCAUUGUGCCCAAGGCCAGCUACGGGCUGAAGCAUGCCGAGUCCAUCAUGUCCUUCCAUAUCGACCUGGGGCCCUCCAUGCUGGGUGACGUCCUCAGCAUCAUGGACAAGGAUGAGUGGGACCCUGAGGAGGAUGGUGGCGGUUACCGCGUGGACGAGGACCCCAGCAGGGUCCCCCAGGAUCCCCCUUCGGCUGAGGUAGACCCUCCCCUGGCAAGGCCCUGCCAUGCUCUGGAGGAAGAGGGCUGGGCGGCGGCGGCAGCCCCCAGCCCCAGCUCGGCCCGCAGCGUAGGCAGCCACACCACGAGGGACAGCAGUUCCCUUUCCAGCUGCACCUCAGGCGUCCUGGAGGAGCGCAGCCCCGCCUUCCGGGGCCCGGACAGGGCCCAGGCCACUGUCCCCAGGCAGGCCGACAAGGAGUUCUCCUUCAUGGACGAGGAGGAGGAAGAUGAGAUCCGAGUGUGAGGUGUUCAGAAAGCAGCCGGAGCGCUGGGCUGCGUCCUCUCCCUGCUCCCAUCCACUGUGACCUUCGACUUCACCGUAUGAGAGGCAGCCUAAGACGUCGUGGACAGGGGCUCCGGCUGAGCCAAGGCCCUCAGAGGACCUGGCAGCGGGCCGGGUGCGGACUUCCUCACACAUCUGUUCUCCCCAGCAGCAGGGGCCCGGGCUGUGUUCUCCUAGGCAGGAAUCGGUCUUCCUCUUGGCUUCCUCUUCCUCUAGCCCGGCCCCAAAUGGAUGCCAGAUGUUGCCCUGAGCUUCCGCCUCAGGCACCCACAUUGCAGGUCAGCCGGAGGACGCGUCCUCUACCAGGAACCCUUGGCUCUCCACCCUCUUUCUUGCCUGGUGUCCCUGCAGCGACCGCUGGUGCCGCAGCACGAGGAAUGGGGUGAUGUCUCAUCCCGAUCCCUCCAGCUCCAUCCUUGGAAACCUGCGCCCGGGGAGGUCGACUGGAGCAGGGGACCAGCCGCGAGCCAGACACUACACCGAGCCCCUCGCAGGGGUGAGGACGGGACGGUAACUGAAGGAAAGCCGGGGCUUCUGGGGCUCCCGAGAAGGGACCCUUUCCUAGAUGACACUAGGAACAGCGCUGGGGCCCCGCCCCAUGGGUGUGUUUGUUCUUUAUUAAUAUGUUUAAAUCCUUAUAGAGCAAUAUUUGGAACAGUGUUAAUAAAUAGAAUGGAGUCCUUUUAGAAAACCUUUAUACCAAGCCUCCUCUUGGAGCUUAGAGACUGCUAGCAUACUCAAUUCUGGGAAGCCCCUGUGUCAAAGAAACCAGCCCCAGCCGAGCUAUGGGCGGGGAGCAUUGACGCAUGCUAGAACAGCUGCAGGAGGCCAGUGGAGAGCUCUGAAAAAUUAUUAUUAAAAAAUAAUAUAUCCUGGGUGGAGGCUGCGUUUUGGCCUGCUCACCCAGCGUGGGACGCGCACUUCCGCUUCCUCUCUCCAGCCCUGCCCCCCUGCGGAGGCCAGGGCACCGGGCCAGCGUUGCCAGAUGUAGCAAAAAAUACAGAAAGAAAAAAAAAAAAAAACCACCACAAGGCUGAAUUCAAUUUGAAUUUCAGGUAAACAAAAGAAUUUUUUUUUUAGUAUUUGUAUAUCCCGUGCAAUAUUUGGAACACCCUUAAUGCUAAAGAGUUGUUUUUCUGAAAUUCAGAUUUUAUUCCUCCUGCUGUCACCCUACCCAGGGGAUUAAGUAGAAACUGGGGUAUGUGCCCCAUGGGUGACGCAGAUUAUUUUUCUGUCCUGGGAAUAGGCAGACCAGCCUCUGCCUCUGCUUAACUAGAGGAGGAGUGGGGAGAGAGCUAACUACAGUACAAGAGGUCCAGGCUAUCGGGGUGGUGGGCCUGUCCGGACCCUGACUCUGACACUAACCGGGGUGCUGACCCUGUCCUCCUAUUUCUGGAAGCUUAGCGCCCUCAGCAGCGAAUCACAGGGCUGUGCUGCCCCCUCAGUGGUCCUUGACCCCGCCUAGGUCAGUUCCAGACUUUUAAACUGUAUUUUUUCACAAUGUUGUAAAAGCCGCAAGGAAACAUUAAAAAGCCCUGUAGCA